ACUGCUUGACGAUCUGAAACACUCAAAACACUGAGAGAGUUGUACAAGAGAGGGAGAGAGAGAUGGACAGGAGAGGCGGUUGUUGUAUAGCGAGGUAUGGCGGAGGUGGCGGCGUUUAUGACACGUCGAAGAUGGAUAGAAUAAUGCUGAGAUUCCGUCCGAUCGCUCCGAAACCUGUCGGAGGGUCGGUCUGCGGCGGAUCUACGCCGGAGAUAAGUGAGAAAUGUAGGAGGGGUAAGAGAAGGAACGUGAAAGACAAGCGGUGCAAUAACAAAAAGAGAAAGGCUUCUUCUUCUUCUCCGCCGGAGGAGAAGAAAAAAAGUGGUGUAACCGCUGCGGUUACUACUCUGUCGCUACUUCCGGAGAGUCCGGAACCUAGGGACUCUCCGGAAGAGCGGAGCUCAACCACGUGGCUGAGCUUCGAGAGCUUUCCUGGAAAUAAGGAGUACCAGACGGUGAAUAUUCCGGCUGUGCGGCCCGUGAGAGUGGUGGGAUCGUCCGUGACGGUGGACUGCGUGACGGAUACGUGGGUUGAUGGAGGACUGGGGUUUACAGACGAAGAGAGGAGGAUGAGUCUGGAGACGGACACGUGUCCGGGGUUCUUAUCGGACGGGUACGGUAGGGUGGUGUGGACGAACGGGGCGUACAAAAGCAUGGUGGGUCAAGAGAACGAGACGGAUGAGGUGACGGUGUGUUUGGUUGUGAAGGAGACGGCGUCUGUGACGGCGGUGGCCUUGGCUUACCCGGCGUUUACGUGCAGAGUGAGAGUGCAGUACACGUGUGGAUCCCUCACGGUGCCGUGUGACGUGUGGAGAAUGGAGGGAGGAGGUUUUGCGUGGCGGUUGGACGUGAAAGCUGCGCUGUGUCUCGGCCGGCCGUAAGAGUACCGUACGAUAGCACCAAAAGCCGUAUGAAACCCUUCUUCUUAAACUGACCAGAGUAACUACGUGGUUAAGCACUUAAGCUUUCAGCCUUUUUGAUUAUUUGUGAAUAUGUUUGAUUCUACUGUUCUAGCUUCCACGUUGGUUCUGCUUUGUUUAUCUCUCUGGGUUGCUUAAGUUUUUGUUUAUAUGUAUAAACAUGCGGUCAGAAGCGGAUUUGAAUGUUUGAUUUCAUGUGUGGUUUAUGUCUGUAGUUCUUUACUGA